AUUUCGAUUCGGAUACGAUGUCGGAGUCUCGAUCACCGCCAACGACUCCUACGUCGCUGCCUCAAACGGAAGAGAGCGGUGAAGUCAGUCUAGUGGGCAAGCUACAGGAGCUCAACGUUGGCCUUAUAUUGAGAAUCAACCAGAUGCUCGAAAGGAAUGAUGAAACGCGUA